AGCUAUAUAAGUCCACACCAGUUCAAAAGGCUGCUACAGUUGGGUGCGUGGGUGGAAGUCUGGCCGUCAUAUAGAUUCUCGUACGAGAUGGUGCUGUGUACGAUGUCGCCCGCCCGCUUGACUGCGUUGCUGUUGCUGGUGCCCAUGGCCAUGGCCACGUGCCCAUGCCCACCCGCGCCCCAGUCCUCCAAAGUGUGCGGAUCCAACUUUGUAACAUACGACAGCCAGUGUGCCCUGGACUGCGCCGCUGUGCAACAGCCCGGACUCGUUACUGCCCACCCUGGAUCAUGCUCCGACUUAUACAGCGCACUCAAACAACCGACUAUCGGAAACCCAUCCAACAAGCUGCGGAGCUCGGUUCGCUCAUCCCUUGAUGACUUAAAUAAAAUAAAAAGUUGUCAGGAAACAAAGUGCGCAGCGUCCGCCGAAAAUUACUGCGGCUGCAGCUCUAACGAUGUCCAAUGCAUUGCUAAGUGUGGAUUUUCUUGCCCUUGUGACUGUUAUGGUGUUUCAGCGGGCAAGUCAGACGCCUCUCAGGUGGUCAAGUGCAUGGCAGAUAACAAUUGCGUCGGCAAUGCAUUCUCGUGUGGUGUCCGCUGUGGGGCUGAUCAGGAAUGUAACGCCAAGUGCGCUCUAGAGACCUUUGACUGUCAAUGCAAGUGCAACGGCUCUCUCGCCUUGCGACCCACACUCGGCGUCGCCAUCGCGCUCCUGUCAGCAUGGCUCAUCCAGACCAUAGGAUAGAAAAGUGAAUUUUAAUAUGACUAAACAGUGACAAGAAAACUCUCAUAUUUGUGGUUUCGGAUGUCUUUCUCUUCACUGAUAAACUAAGUGUUCAACUGCUCAACACUUGUAAGUGUUGAACUGCAAGGUAAAUACUUGCAAGUGUGCAACUGCAAGUUGAAUACUUGCAAGUGUACAAAUCGGUAGGCGUGCACUUACAAGUGUGCAACUCCUCGGUUGAGCACUUCCUACACAGUGAGCGUUCCAUCUAAGGAAGUGUUCAACCGAGAAGUUGUACACUUGCAAGUGCACACCUACCGAGUUAAACACUUGCAAUUGUACGACUACGGAGUUGCACACUUGCAAGUAUUCAACUUGCAGUUGCACACUUACAAGGGUUGAGCAGUUGAACACUUAGUUUAUCAGUGUUGUGGGAUCAAUGGUGGCUGGCUCACGGCUCACGCCGCUUAUUUUCGUAGUUAUAUUGUACAGGCGGCGUGAGUCAGCCACCUGGCUUCCCGAAAGCAAUAAAAUAUGACACGGUAUGUUUAACAUUAACCGUUAAUGAUAUUUCCUCUGAAGAGCUACUGUUGGGGUAAUUCUUCCGCAAAGAUCGCUGAUUCCUAUGAAACGCCUUGUAUACCGGAUUAUGGAUGUAUUAAACCACUACCCUCCUCCA